GCGAACAGCACACCGGUUGUUUGCAAUAACGGCACGUGGUCCAUAGUACCCAGUUGCUCGCCGGCCAGGUGUAAGCAGAUGCCCAAGGCGCCGAAAAACGGAAUAGUGAUAGCGCCGAAGACCGAUCACGGGAUGAAGGCGAUAUUCAUGUGCAAGGAUGGCUUUGAGCUGGUCGGCGGUGGGCCAUUGAACAACUCCAAGUCGAUGGAGUGU